CUGUUUACCCGGCUGCAUUGUGGGAGUUUGACCUCCGCCGCCGCCAACCGCCGCCUCAGCCUGCGCCGCCGCCGCCGCCGCCUUGCACGCCAUGGGAGCCGUGACUGACGACGAAGUCAUACGGAAGCGUCUCCUAAUUGAUGGAGAUGGUGCUGGAGAUGAUCGCAGAAUUAAUCUACUAGUGAAAAGUUUCAUUAAAUGGUGCAAUUCUGGAUCCCAGGAAGAGGGGUAUAGCCAGUACCAACGUAUGCUGAGUACACUGUCCCAGUGUGAAUUUUCAAUGGGUAAAACUUUGCUGGUAUAUGAUAUGAAUCUCAGAGAAAUGGAAAAUUACGAAAAAAUUUACAAAGAAAUAGAAUGUAGCAUUGCUGGAGCACAUGAAAAAAUCGCUGAGUGCAAAAAGCAGAUUCUUCAAGCAAAACGAAUACGAAAAAAUCGCCAAGAAUAUGAUGCUUUGGCAAAAGUGAUUCAGCAUCAUCCAGACAGACAUGACACAUUAAAGGCACUAGAGGCUCUGGGCAAAGAAUUAGAACAUCUUUCACAUAUUAAAGAAAGUGUUGAAGACAAGCUGGAAUUGAGACGGAAACAAUUUCAUGUUCUUCUUAGUACCAUCCACGAACUGCAGCAAACACUGGAAAAUGAUGAAAAGCUCUCAGAGGUGGACGAAGCUCAGGAAACGAGCCUGGAAGCAGAUCCAAAGCCAUAGUCAGGCGGGCCACCAUUCCCAAGACUGUUAAAUCAGCAACAUGAUCUUAGUGUGUUUAGAAUUUGCUGUUCUCCUGAGAUAUUUAAAGUUUUGACAGUGAACUACUCUGCUUUUAAAUGUUAUGUACAGUUUAUGUUUCUUUACACAAAGGCAAUUGACUUCAGUAUAGAUUUGUUUUAUUGAAAUACCUUAUUUAUUCUUAAACUUAAAAGGUAGAAAACAACAUCCGAAAAUGUUUAAUACAACUUUUUCAAGUCAGAUAAUGUUUGUGCCCAUAGUUCUUAAAUGUUAAUAUUGAUUUGUUGAUAAAAUAAGUUGAAGAUUGUGAGAAGGUGGUGUUUCUAAGGUGUACGUGAAGAAAAUGAGUCCGCUUCUGUAAAUUGUUAACACUUUUGAAAAUGGAGUACUUGAAUAUGCUUCAGGAGGUCUGUGAACUUGUGAAAUUGUGUGCAAAAUGUUUGUGGUGUAUGGUCAUUGUGGGCCAGGUUCCAUGAUAUAAGAAUCACUGGUGUAAGAGGAAAUAAAAUACAAAGUUAAUCCAUA